AUGCUUGCAGCCAAGCAGUUCGUUGGUGCCCCGAUAGAGUGCGUGCAUGGACUGGAUGUCCCACCGCAGGUGAUCAACACAUGGUGCUGGAUACAUUCCACCUACACUGUGCCAGCGGCGUUCACAAAGCAGAUCGGCGUCGAGGUGCCUUACCCAGGCGUCGACAACACCAGAGGCGCCGGACCGGCCGACCGCAAGGUGUACCGCUUCUACCAGUGGGUCGCGUUCUGUCUGUUCUUCCAGGUGAACACCUAUCAAACUACAGAAGACAUUCUUUUGUCUGCUGCUGCUGCAUUGCUGUUCUGUGCUUGCAAGAAUGUGCCCCCAUGUAAAGACUGUUGA